AUGAUCGAAAUCUGGCAGCGACAGUGGAAGCCAAUGCAAUUAGCCUUUCUGGAAGUAGAAGCGGAACCGUCUCCUAACGCUAUCCGCGCUAUUGAAGUACAAGGAAAGUUCGUUCGUCUAAUUUAUGAUAUGAAGCAACAGACAAUUGCUGUGGUUCGAACACCAGUGGGAUAUAAAACCUCGUUUAUAGUGCUAUGUGGAGUAAGACAAGGGCGUCGACAGCACCCUUCAUGUUCAUCUUCGCUGCGGAGGACAGUUGAUCAGUGUUUUGCCAACGUUGCCUUAGAGCUUUUAGUGUGCCUCUUCACCAUUCUCGAGAACUCGUACGAUAUUGUCACACUUCCGGAAUGUACUAUGGAGCUCCUAUAUAUUGUCAACCUUGCAUGGAAACUAACUGCAGCCUUCGGAUUCUUUGUCAUGACAAGUGAAAGCGGAGCUGUCCUGAAUGGAGGUUUUUUUAUGCCUGCAAAACCAAGGAUGGAUGGACGUUGUGAUUGUUGCUUAAUUUUUGUCGCUGUUGGGAAACAACAAAAAAAUUUUCCGGCUUUGACUAAAUGGGAAUGCAUCGGUACACCAGCAAUACUAUUUAUUAUUAUUACGCCUACAGCAGGAAUAUUUGCCUUCAUUACUUCUCUUGAUCGGUUUUACUGUGCCAUGUUCCCUAUAAAAUAUAUUAAACUGAGAGUUCGCUAUGCAUUAAUUAUCAUGGUUGUUCCAUACAUUAUUGGUCUUAUUCCAGUAAUAAUUGCAAUUGUGGGCAGCUAUCCGUACAGAUUCAAAAAAGAACAACCAAUGACAUGCAACUUGAAUGAAGCUCUUACGAAGGCCAACUUUGCUAUGCUGCGUCUAAUUCGAGUGACUUUGACAUUAUCGUGUGUGUUUAUUUACGUACCGAUCACUAUAAAGAUGUAUAAGAACAUCCGUGCCCACUAUCAAAUUGCCAACUACAGUGAACGAAAUCAGAGGAAGCUUCUCAGAAUGACACUUACUAUUGCACUUAUAACAUCGAACACUAUUCUUAUGUUCACUGUGCCGGAUAUCAUUCUACUAAUAAAUCCUUCAUAUAGUAGCAAUAUAUUCUACAUGAUGAACUUGAACAAGGGCAUGAUAAACAUAAUAAUAUUUCUGACCACACAACGAACUCUACGAAAUAUAUUGCUUGGAAAACCUGAUGUUAGCCAGCAGCAAACGCUUAUAUUCCGUACUGUCUCCUUAUUUUUGAUGUACUUCAAUUCGUCUCACGUUAGCCUAGCAAGUCCUGACGAGUAUCGAUUACUAUCCGAUCUUCGGCACAACUAUGAUCCAUACGAACGUCCUGUCGCGAAUGCCUCCGAACCAUUAGUUGUUAGCGUGAAAAUCUAUUUACAACAAAUUUUAGAUGUUGAUGAAAAGAAUCAAGUAAUCACGCUUGUGGCAUGGGUUGAAUAUCAAUGGACGGAUUAUAAAUUAAAAUGGGAACCAUCCGAAUAUGGUGGUAUUAAGGAUAUACGAGUGCCUGGAAAUGCUAAUGCUAUAUGGAAACCUGAUGUCCUUUUGUAUAAUAGUGCAGAUGAAAAUUUCGACUCUACAUAUCCGGUUAACUACGUAGUCAGUCAUACAGGACAUGUGCUACAGGUCCCGCCUGGAAUUCUUAAACUUUCAUGCAAAAUCGACAUAACCUAUUUCCCAUUUGACGAUCAGAUGUGUCAUCUAAAGUUCGGUUCGUGGACCUACAGCGGCAACUUCAUUGAUUUACGCAUCAACGGGCCCGAGGGAAUGAACAUAUCGGAACAGGGAAUGGACAUAUCAUACUAUGUCGAGAAUGGAGAGUGGAAUUUAUUAGCGGUUCCAGCUCGUAACGAAACAAACGUUUUUGAUGAUCAACCAUAUCCAUCUCUGUACUUUUAUCUUGUAAUUCAACGAAGAACAUUAUAUUACGGAUUAAAUUUAAUAAUUCCUUCACUGCUCAUAUCACUUAUGACGGUAUUAGGAUUCACUCUACCACCAGAUGCUGGAGAAAAAAUCACUUUAGCUCUAUUCUUUGAAAAUGGAUUUAUACUUUUAGAAAUCACCAUUCUUCUCUCAGUUUGCUUCUUUCUUAGUAUGGUAGCAGACAUGACCCCACCAACCUCUGAAGCGGUUCCUCUUAUAGGUGCUUUUUUCUCGUGCUGCAUGUUAGUGGUGUCUGCAUCUGUCGUCUUUACUGUGCUCGUCCUGAAUUUGCACAACAGGAAACCAGAAACUCAUGAAAUGAGUCCAUUUUUGCGUGAAUGCCUACUGAUUUGGCUUCCAUGGAUUCUUAUGAUGCGUCGACCUGGCACAACUGUCUUUAAUAGAAGAGAGAUCAAGGCAAAAAAAGCUGAAGACAUGGCGAAGAAGACAGAGAUGCGAAAUGGACGAUCUUUGGAAGGUGUGAUGACAGCAACAGACAGUCUUUCUCUUAUUAGAAGUAUUCGUGCAAGUAAAAAUGACCAACAACAAAGCUUUGAAAUGGACCUCGUGCCAACUGGAAAUUCUCACGCGGAAUCGAAGUCGGUCAGCACAUCGUUGCCGAAUGCGUACAUUGGUAGACCACCCACGCAGAAAAAUCAUCCACCAACGUAUAAGGUGUGCAUUGCUUCCGAUUCGGAUCAGGAGCAACAAAAUUUUACGCAAUUUAUUUUAAGAAGGGACACUUGUGGAGGUGAACAAAUCCAUGCAGAAGGCAUGCCUCGAAUUGAAAACAAUAUCUGGACAAAUCAAAGUGAUGCGAAAAAGGAUGGAAGAAGACGAAAGGGUAAAGAGGAAUUGGUGUUCUUGGGAUUCUAUCUAUUCUAG